AUUGUUUUGGUAUUAUUUUUUUAUUUUAUUUUAUUUUUUAUUUUUUCUUCAUCUUCUCCUUCUUCUUCUUCUUCUUCUUAUUAUUAUAAUUUUUUGUUUGUUUGUUUGUUUGUUUUCUUUCUAUUCCUGGCAAUCUACUGCCAACACUCCAGUCCAGUAGGGGGCGGUAAUGCACCUCUAGUGGUUUGCCAACCGCCAUUAAAACAAAAAGAAGUAGAAGAAGAAUAUUCUACAUUCACAAUUCUAUGUUCACAACUCUAUAUUCUGACUGCUGUUCUGGGUUUUGACUGUGAUUUUGGAUGUUCCUGUAUCUGGUUGUGUAUACAUGUUCGCUUGGUUCACUAGCAUGUAGGGGUGUGGCUGCCAUUUCUUUUGGGAGAGGGUCCUUUUGUAUCUGUUUUUGGCUUAGGGAGUUUAGGGAAGUGUUUGUAUUUUCUUUGUUGUUUUCUUUUUAGGUAAGCUAGCUACCUAACAAUAGAAUCCUUUUGUUUAUUAUUUUGGCUUUGGCCCACCCUGAAGUUAUGCCUGGGUUGGUUCUUUGUGGAGUGUCUUCGUCACUUUAAUCCAAUUCAAGCACAAGUCGAGUUCCAGUUUGUGUUCUCCAUAAUGGAGGCAGAAAUGGAAACUUCGGUCUUCGUCGAAAUCGACGGAUGAACUCCUGUGUGUGUAUGGCGGGUGAUGAGUCCGGAGUAACGCUGGGGCAGCCUCAUUUGGCCAAACAAGACCUCAGCACGUUAGAUGUGAGCACACUGACGCCGCUCUCACAGGAGAUCAUCAGCAGACAAGCUACAAUCAACAUAGGAACUAUUGGCCAUGUGGCUCAUGGGAAGUCGACGGUGGUGAAGGCCAUUUCCGGUGUCCACACUGUCCGAUUCAAGAACGAGCUAGAGAGAAACAUUACUAUCAAGUUGGGAUAUGCCAAUGCUAAGGUGUAUAAGCUGGACGACCCGAGCUGCCCGAGGCCUGAGUGUUACAGGUCGUGUGGCAGCAGCACUCCUGAUGAGUUCCCUACAGACAUUCCUGGCACAAAAGGCAACUUCAAACUAGUCAGACACGUGUCCUUUGUCGAUUGCCCGGGUCACGACAUUUUGAUGGCCACCAUGCUGAACGGUGCCGCUGUGAUGGAUGCUGCACUCCUCCUGAUUGCCGGCAACGAGUCGUGCCCUCAACCUCAGACGUCAGAACAUCUGGCCGCUAUCGAGAUCAUGAAGUUAAAGCACAUCCUCAUCCUGCAGAAUAAAAUCGACCUGGUGAAAGAGAGUCAAGCCAAAGAGCAGUAUGAGCAGAUCCUGGCUUUCGUGCAGGGCACAGUCGCAGAAGGUGCUCCCAUCAUCCCUAUCUCGGCUCAGCUGAAGUACAACAUCGAGGUGGUGUGUGAAUACAUCGUAAAGAAGAUCCCUGUGCCUAUUCGAGACUUCACCUCUGAGCCUAGGCUUAUCGUCAUUAGAUCGUUCGAUGUGAAUAAACCUGGCUGUGAGGUGGACGAUCUGAAAGGAGGCGUAGCUGGAGGCAGUAUUCUGAAAGGAGUGCUGAAGGUGGGACAGGAACUUGAAGUCAGACCCGGUAUUGUUUCUAAGGACCACGAAGGGAAGCUUAUGUGCAAACCAAUCUUCUCCAAGAUCGUCUCGCUGUUCGCUGAGCACAAUGACCUCCAAUAUGCUGCACCUGGUGGCCUUAUCGGUGUGGGCACUAAAAUUGACCCGACGCUAUGCAGAGCGGACCGUAUGGUCGGUCAGGUCCUCGGCGCCGUUGGUGCGCUGCCCGAGAUUUUCACCGAGCUCGAGAUCUCCUACUUCCUGUUGAGGAGGCUGCUGGGUGUCCGCACUGAGGGAGACAAGAAAGCAGCAAAGGUCCAGAAGCUGUCAAAAAACGAGGUGUUGAUGGUGAACAUCGGCUCAUUGUCAACGGGAGGCCGUGUGAGUGCGGUGAAAGCCGAUUUGGCUAAAAUCGUGCUCACUAACCCUGUGUGCACAGAGGUGGGCGAGAAGAUCGCUCUGAGUCGCCGAGUGGAGAAACACUGGCGUCUAAUUGGCUGGGGUCAAAUCAGGAGAGGAGUGACCAUCACGCCCACAGUGGAUGAUGAUUGAGGAUUUUACAUCUGGAAUAAAAGGAUAGUGUUGUCGCACCAUAUGGCAUAAAUUUCAACCGUUUUCACACUAGUGCCGAGGUCGGAGCCGCAUAGAGGUCGGCACCUCAGCACCUGUAUUUUAAAAUGUGCGCCAAUCCCGACGGCAGGACUGAAUUCAUUUACACUGCGAUAUGGGAAGAAAGAUGUAUUUCCUGCAUUUGCUGAAAAGAAAAGAAAAAACAAAACAACAAGUUGUCACCAUAUUUCAGUGAUUACUAAUAAAAACACUUUGGAUCAAAA